AUGGAACACCAAAACAAUUGGGAUCAGGCUGGCCUCAAUGGAGCUGGUAACAUUGAGAACAGAGGUGGAAAUAAUGCUGGGGCUGCUAUGAAUGCUGUUGGGACUGGUGCAAUUGCUUGGGCUCAGGCUGCUGGUGCGGCUGGUAUUCAUCCUGCUCUUAUGGAUGUUGUGGGGACUGGUGCAAUUGCUCGCACUGCUGGUGCACUUACUGGUGGGACCGGUGCAAUUGCUCGCACUGCUGGUGCUGGUGCUGCUGUUAUAGAUGUUGUUGGGACUGGUGCAAUAACUAGUGCUGCCAAUGCUGUUGGGACUGGUGCAAUUGCUCGGGCUGCUGGUGCAGUUGUUGGUGGUACUUUGGCUACAUUCCACGCUGUUUGGACUCCUGGAACUGCUACAGCUGCUGCCAAUGCUGUAGGAACUGGUGCUGGUACUUGUUCUGCUGCACUGGAUCUUGUUGGGACUAGUACAACUGCCUGGCCUACUGGUACAAUUACUGAUGCUACUUUGGCUGCUGGAACUGGUGGUAGUACUCUCGCUGCUUCUCGGGGUGCUGCUGCCCGUACUGCUUCCCAGCCGGCUGGAACAGAAAGGGAGAGCAAUUAUCCCCACACGAGACACCAAAUCCAUGCAUUGGAAACCUUCUUGAAGGACCAUCCCCGCCCCAGAGAGAACAAAAUAUGUGAGCUUGCUAGAAACCUACAACUGGAACCUGAUCAAGUCCGGUUUUGGUUGGAGAACCAGCGCAAUCAGUUAAAGGCCAAGAGAAAACUAUGCAAGCAAAGGUGUGAUGCACUCCGGGCACAAAAACAACAAAGAACUGAACCUUCGGGUGAAACCAGCACCUCGCGGGGAGGUGAUGCCGGAGGUUCUCACCAACCACUGGGACGCGAUUAUAUUUUGAUGGAAAAUGUCCGUUUAAGAGAGGAGGUCAAGACGCUUAAAUCAACUCUUGCAAGCGUAUUGGCGCAAUUCUGUACACCUAGCACUACUCCUGUACCGAAUCUACACAUGAUACCUCAAAUUCCACAAAACCUUCCAAAAGAACCCGUAACAAAUAAAGAUGUCCCCACAAUAUUUCAGAAUCUAGAAAAACGUCCAGUUAUUUCUCAAAAUCCACAGAACCACCCUAUAUUAUCUGAGGUUGCUAGCAAUACAGGUCCUUGCCCAUCUCAUCCAGGUCCAGGGGUUGCAGACACUAGUAUUACAACUUCACGAGGCGUCCUUGACUCAACCACGAACGAACCAACUCCAGCCAGGUUCCGACAGUCCUUGAUAAAGAGCCUUGUAGUUUCAGCGGCGGAGGAGAUAAAGGUAAUGUCAUUCACUGGAGAACCCUUGUGGACUCCAAGCAGUGCUGAUGGGGCAACUAGAGAGCUAGUUGAGGUGGAAUACCUGGCGCAGAUUCCAAAUCUGUUUGAACCGACUAGGUUAGCCUACAGACGUGAAGCUUCACGCCAUGUAGGUAGAGUUUUACUGAGCCCUAGGCAGUUGCUGGAUAUUUUAAUGAACGUGGGUAAAUGGUCAUUCAUGUUUUCUCCGAUUGUCCUCAGAGCUUCGACAUUGGAAGUACUAAGUGAGGGAGUAGACUAUGAUGGAGCUCUACAUGUGAUGGCUGCUGAAUACCAUCUUGCUACACCACUUGUCCCCAACCGCAAAACCUAUUUUGCAAGAUAUUGUACAAAACAUGAGGAGGGGGUCUGGGUCGUCGUCGACGUUUCAUUGGAUCAAAUUCUCCAGACUCAGGAAACCAUGAAUUGCCAGAAAGGGCCAUCUGGGUGCCUAAUUCAAGAAAUGUCUGAUGGAACCUCAAAGAUUACAUGGAUCGAGCACGUGUUUGUGGAUUACAGCGGUGUUAGCACCAUGUACCAUCCUAUACUGCUUUCUGGUUUUGGACUUGGAGCCAAGCGAUGGGUGGCAACUCUAGAGAGGCAGUGGCAACGUCUGGCCACUGAAAUUUCAGCCGAUAUUUCAGCAACUCGAGAAUUCAACAAUCUAUUGAUGUCAAGACCACAAGGGAGAAGAAGCCUACUAAAACUUGCUGACAAAAUGGUGAACAACUUCAUUUUUGGGAUUGCGGGUCUAAACACGGGGAGAUGGACUCAAGUCCACGGAAAUUUUGGUGGCGGUGUCAGGGUAAUGAGUACAAGGGUAACGGAUCAUCCUGGCCUACCCAAUGCGACUGUGCUAAGUGUUUCUACCUCAUUUGUUGUACCAUUUGCUCCAAAAAUGGUGUUUGAUUCCUUGCGUGAUCACAAAUUUAGGAAGGAGACCAAUAUUUUUGCCAACGCGAAUGACUAUGAACCAGUAUGCUGCAUUUCCAGUGGCGAGGACACUAAAAAUUGUGUUUCAGUCCAUAAAGUUCCAAUGACUACGAGCCCGGUGCACAUUCUACUUCAGGAAAGCUGGAGUGAUUCGGUUGCAUCCCACAUUGUGUUUGCCUCCACUGAAAUUGGCAAUAUAGAUGUGAUUCUAGGUGGCAGCAGUGGCAGUUCCCUACCUAUUCUUCCUUCAGGUUUCACAAUACUUCCGCAUGGAUCCUCAUUGUUCACAGAAGGCUCCAGCGGCACUCUCUUGACCGUGUCGUUCCAAGUACUAACCAAGGAAAUUAAUCCUGUGGACGCUGGCAACUGUGAAGAUGUCUCAAAAUCCUUGGGAUAUCUCAGAUGCAGCUGCCAAAAUAUUAAGCAUGCAUUCGGUGUAGUUGAUGCUAAUACAUCAAUUUAA